UUUUUUUUUUCCCUUCUUCUGCUUCUUCCCUUUGCUCUUAUUAUUUUAUUAUUAUUUGUCUAUUUGUGUGUGUAGAUUCCUAUUGCUCACACACUUCUUGACUUUGUUUACCUUUUAACUUUUCAUACCUCCCCUUUAAUUAUUUAUAUAUUUCCCACACCUUACAUUUAUUAUAUUUUUUCCAACAUGGCUUCCUUCACCGCUUAAGCGCCCUUCGUACAUUCGUACGAUUUAUUUACAUUCGAUUCAACCACAACCCUACCCCAGAAAUAUUUUACACUUCGCCACCAUGGCCUUCGAUCAUUCUUUAAGAUGUUCAAAAUCUCGCAAACUCAACAAAAAGACGUGCAAAUCUCGAAAACCAAAACUCAGUUCCCCCUCUUGAACAAAAGUAUCUAAACAUAAACAACCCAGUACAACCAACCAUGUCUGCCGCACCCGCGUUCUCACACACCGCCGAAUCAAAACCAACCAUGGACGAAACCGUCUUCCAACAACUCUUUGAAUCCUUUGCCACCCCGCAAGAUAUGGCAAUGUCAGACAACACCGUCUUUGACGAGUGGCUUGUCCACCCAUCACUCCCCUCUCCAAACACAAGUGAGCAUUCCAGCCCUGAAAUUGCUACUCCUCUCGAUGCCUUUCUCAGAUCACCACCGUUUGAUAACAAGGACAACAUCUGCCUCGAAAACGCUGGCUUUGGUCUUGAUCUGGACAUGUCAGACAUCCUCAACUCACCCUUGUUCGAUGUCGCCUCGCCUGAUCUUUCGUUCCAAACUAGCCCUAUCGUAGACCCAGUUGUAGUCCAUCACCAACAAAGUCAGCAAUCCGCGCCAGCUCCCGUGUCUAUUUCAACCAGCACUGCUCAGCAGGUUAGUCAUUUGUUCUCAGAUCUUGGCGGUCUUCCCGCUGCCUUGGCUGCACUGGCUGCUGCAAACCCUCCUCCUGGUGUACCCCAGACCCCUGUGGUUGUGGCUACUUCUGCUGUUUCUCCUUCUCCUUCUCCUGUGUUCAAAUCACAAACCAAGCGUGCCAGAGACUCGAUUGAUGAAGACCUUGGCCAGUUCUCUCCUUGUGAAGCCGCCCUCAAGCGCCAGAAGAACACCGAUGCUGCUCGUAGAUCCCGACUCAAGAAAGUCAUGAAGAUGGAGUCCCUUGAAAUCCGUGUGUCUGAUCUUGAAAAGAUCAACACCAGCCUACUCUUGCGCGUGGCUGUAUUGGAUUCUGAGAAAUCCAACCUGCAGAUUAAGGAAUCUUCCUAUGAAAGCCGUAUCAAGGUUUUGGAAGCCCAACUUGCCGAAGCCCACAAAGCAUUGGCCGGCAGAACCAUUUAAAUAACAACAAUAAUAAUAAUUACAAUAAUUUCUUUUUGUUUUGUUUUGUUUUACACAUACAUUUAUUUAUCCAUCUACUAUUUAGCUCUUUAUACAUCUUCCUUUUCUAUUUUACUUUGAAGCAUAGCAAUUAUAAUUUUAUAUAUAUAUAUAUUUACAUUUUCAUCAAGUUUUUCUUUUAGUUUCCUUUAAUUCAAUCUCUUUUUGUCUCUAAUUUAUCUUGCAAUAAAAUCACAUAUAUUUUGCCUGUAAAUACU